GCUGAUCCAAGCAAAAGCCAAUCAGAAAUUGCUUUGUUUUAUCUCGGCAUGCAGUAAGCGACAUAACUGGUCUGGUGGACUUUGAUAAUAGAAUUCGUUGAAACAGACACUUCCAACUGAAUAUAAAGAAACUGAAUAAUCAAGACCUACAAGAGACGCAUCACAGCCGAAACGAAAACUUGGAUUUUCGCACCUUUUUUGAUUUUGCCUCUAUUCGUGUCCACUAUCGUGAGCUGAUUACACCAUUAUGUCCAAAAGACAAUUGAAAAGAGGACGAUCUAUGGGGCAGCAAGAAAGUAGCGAUGAUACCGAAGUUAACAAGAAACGCCAAAAGCACACAUCCAGAAUCAAGGACACUCAACCAGAGUCAAGAGCCUCAUCAAGUGCCUCAACCAGCGCGGGAUCUUCCAUUGACGAUGGAGAAUGGUUUCAAGAACUACGAAAGGUGAGGGAGGAUCCAAUCAACAUUUUAAACAUAAGAGGUAAAAAGCCUAAGAAAAUUGGAACUGACUUUAUCAGUAACUUGACAGAAGAUGGCUAUAAAAUCCUCUACCAUGGCACCAACAAAGCCUCAGCUGUAAACAUCAUGGAUAAUGGUAUUAUAAUAUCCCACGAUCAGCUAGACAAAACAAUAAAAAAAGCUUCAAAAAACUUAGACUUUAGUGUUGGCAAAGGAUUUUAUUUGACCGACAAAUUCGACGGACCUACCGGGGCUGAGACCUGUGCAUUCCGUCGUAACGAUACACAUCAAUCUGUUUUGAUUUUUAAGAUACCAAAUGAUGAGAUUGAUGAGAUGAGAGCAAUGAGCUUCUUUGAAAAGGGUAAGGAAAAGGUUAAGGAAAAACAACUAAAGGAACAUGUUAAAAGGUGCUGGCGUAGAGAUCCAAAAAUAAAGAAAGAUUUAAAGAAUGUAACCUUCGUGGAAGGACCAUGGGUCCAAGUUGAAGAAAAAAGUGUCCGUAUAAUUGGAGGCUACCAGAUCUGUUUACUGAGUGAAGAAAUGGCAAAAAGUUUUAGUAGACACUUACAUGCUGUCAUAUUUUUCCACAAUGAGGAAUGUUGUGCUCGGCAGCCAAGCAAAUAAACUCCAUUUACAAACGGCUUGAAUUUGACACAAAAUAAACAAGAACCCCCUCCCCCUCAACGCUAGCUACGCGCCUGGUAUCUCCAAGCGAACAUGUAAUAUCCUGUUUAUCACAUACAUAGUCAUACCACGGAUGUGUUAUUUUAGUGAAAAUAACAUUUUACGUA